AGUCGAUCGUGAAAGCCAGUGGAUUGAAGACCAUGGAAAAGUCAGCUCGCGAGUACAAGCUGUCAGCUGAAGAGAAGCAGUUCUUCGCUGAUAAUGGGUACCUGGUCAUCAGGCAGUUCUACGACACUGCGGCUUGUGAAAACUUAAGGAAGAGAUUCCUGCAAGUAGUGAAUAAAGAAGUGAAAAGAGGCCGAAUGGCGGUCAUCGAGGAUUUGGAAUUGAAGAAGAAGACGAAUAUUCCAGAAGAAUAUGUCAACAAGCUUAACUCAUUGAGUUACGACUCAGAGUUCCAGAAGCACACUGAAGACGCUCGGAUGGUGGACGUCCUGUCACAGCUGCUGACAAAAGACACUGUCAUCAUGAACAGCAUGCUCAUCAACAAGCCUCCGGGCACUCCGUGGCAUCCUCCUCACCAGGACGUGUACCACAUACCCCUGAGACCAGUAGACAAGAUCCUGACGACCUGGACAGCCAUAGACGAAGCCACACAAGACAACGGCUGCUUAUUCGUCAUCCCGGGGUCGCACAAGGCUAAUAUCAUAUACGAAGAGCAUAUCUUACCGGGUUUCGUCAACAGCUUAUUCUUCUCGAUAAAAGAUUUAGACCUCCUUGCUCCAAUGAAAAAGUGGGUGGCGCUGCCCAUGAGGCCUGGAGACACUGUCUUCAUCAACUCCUUGCUGAUACACGGCUCGUUCCCAAAUACCACCAAGAUGGCGGUCUUCGAUUCGAUCGGGUCUUGGGCAGUGCUUACAGUCUCUUCAGCGGUGCCGUAUUGA